ACUUUUAUCGCAGUUUGUAAACGGCCUGAAAAUAUUCCGAGAAGCUCCAGUCAACAGCUGACUUUCGACGUGAGGAGCGGCGUCACGCAGCGUUGAUCGAAGAGGUUUUAAUUUUUCAGGCGUUAUGGCGCGACUCACGUACUCGUUUCGAGGCUUCGUUGUCCCCGUCUUUACGCCGUUCAACGAGAGAUUUCUGCUAGACUUGACUGUCAUUCCAAACUAUGCCAAGUAUUUAGCCGACCGUGGAAUAAAAGGGAUUCUUGUCAAUGGAACGAGUGGCGAGGGCACGUCAAUGUCCGUUCAGGAACGAAAAUCGCUCGCAGAAGCUUGGGCCGGUGCUGCCAAGUCGGCGAAACUACAUUUGAUGAUUCAAGUCGGUGGCGCCCCUCUACCAGACGUUCUGGAACUCGCACGCCACGCAGAGGAAAUCAAAGCUGACUCGUUGCUCUGCCUACCCGAACUGUAUUUCAAACCAACGGAGAAUCGUCAACUCGUGAAUUAUUUGAAACGCGUUGGCGAGGCUGCUCCGAAGACGCCCCUUCUUUAUUAUCACGUUCCAAUGUUUACGAAUGUCACACUUCACAUGGGAGAAUUUUUGGAAUCAAUUGGCGAUGAGUUAGCCAGCUUCGUGGGGAUUAAAUUCACGAGCACGAACUUGGAGGAAGGCGCGCAAGCCGUGCGAGCCAAUUCGUCUCGUUUUGUCGUAUUUCUCGGUAGCGAUCAGAUUAUCUCAGCAGCCUGCGCGGUAGGAAUGGAUUCUUUCAUUCCGACGAGUGUAAACAUGUUUCCUGAAUUGGCGUUGGAAAUUUUGGCCGCAAGUGAAAAAGGCGAUUUGAAAAAGGCUAGAGAUAAGCAGGAAAAGCUCUCAAAAGCAGUUAUCACUAUCUCAAAAUACGGAAAUUGGGUGCAGACAAUGAAAGCUGCGAUGCCUAUUCUAACGUCCGUAAACGUUGGACCACCACGCAUGCCUCUGAUCAAAUUACACGAAGACAAAAUCAACACCAUGAAGAAAGAUUUGACGGCUUUGGGUCUGAGCAUCAAUUGAAAUCCACGACUCUACGAUCUUCGAAAAAAUCUUUUACAAUACAAGUUUAAAAUGUUUGAUAUAUAACUGAAAUGGCAACAUGAAAAAAUUUUAUUGAAUGAUUAUACAUUCUGCAAAAAAAAAAUCUCAAUGAAUUUCGAUCAUUGUUCCAUCAUUGAUCAUAUUUUUCGUGUUUUUUUUUCAUUGAUUCUGAGCGUCGGUUUGAUAUAAGAUCUUUUGUUUACAAACAAUCCAUUGUCACAAACAAAAGUGCGGUUUCUCGACGAAUUCAUGAUUGUACUUUAAUGUGAAAUAAAUAUGACUGAGAGUUAA